AUGAAAGGCUGGGUCCGGGACCGAGGCAACAUACCUCGGGAGGUCAUACGCGCAUCUUCAGCCGGAACGCUGCGGCGCCCGGCGACCGUAACGCAACGUGAACUUGAUUUGUGUCCGCGCGUCGCAGAAUUCAAAGAUAUCGUCACCCCGAGAUCGGCAGGCAAAGUGAGGACGCGAUCCAGCACCUGGGGAACUUGCAGAUCUGUCUCCGGGGCAUCGCCCGGUCUCUGGCCCAGCUUCUCAUCGGAAAGGCCUGCGGGCAUUUCCUCAUGGCUGUGUCUUUUCGAGGUCUCUGCGCGCAGCAGCCCCACCCUCCUGGGUGUCUCGUUAGCAGACUACGUUGAUUCAUCGACUCUCCCCACCGCAGAGCACCGAGAAGGAAGCCCACAACAACUCGCGAGUACGCUAUUGAUUGCUCUGGCUCAUCAAACCUCCCACAGAUUACUCGAAGAGGAUAUUCACCAGAAGGCAUCCUCAACACCAAUCCUCGAGGAGAAAUGGCAUGAAGCCAGGGGUCCUACUCAUGGAGAUCAUAGGAAACCCAGAGCAAACCCGGCGAACGGGGCAAACCAAGUAGACAGGGCAACGACUCUAGCACCGAGGCUCCGCGGACUACCCAAGACGCAGGCUUUGACAGAGAAAUGGCAACGAGAACACGCGUCUGGCCAGCGGUCUACCGCCAAGACCAUGCCUCGGCCGUCUUCCCAGGGUGUUCUGACUACCGAUACCCCCGUCGGGACAUCGUCACCAUUCGGGAUCCGCACCGAUGCCGGGCAAUAG